GCGCUACGCUACGGCACCAGGCCAGGCCAGUACAGAUUCCGUCAGGCUGUCGGUCGGACUGUCAGUCAGCGUGUGAGUGUGUGUGCGAGAGAAAGAGAGCAAACGUGCAAAACACUACGCCAAAGGGGUGAAGGAAGGAAGGAAACGAAACGUUACAAAAAAAAAGUUUGUGUGCUUUUGAUAAGAGGAGGACGGUCUUUGGUCUAAAGGGCUCGCGUUGGCAACUUUCGAUCUGUCGUGUGGUACGGAAUCGGGACCAGGAACACAACGGAUAUCUGCAGGGUCUUUCGAUGGGUAUCGACAGGACGGGAUGUUGAGUCUUUGAGGGUCGAGAAGACAGCUUUUCGGGCUACGCGGGAUUACUGCUACAGUCGGAAGAAUAAUUAGAAACUGGAAUAAUAUCAAAAAGUUCUGAGCAAGAUUUAUGGAAAGAUACCAGGAGGGUAAAGGUCUAUAACAAAGGAUAAUUAAAAAUAAUUUAAAGACUCACCAAUGUUCGAAAUCGAAGCAAUAUGAUUUCCCUACCGGAACAGCAGCGCCACCACAGCAUCUGUAGCAACAGCAUUAUCCACAACGCUUUGUUAAUCUUCAGCAAUUGAGCAAGACUGAUUUACGUUUAAUACAAAACAUCAAGCAGAAAACGAACCUUACUAGAAAAUAUCAACUAUUCCGCUGCAACUAUGUCCUACUCGAACGGAACGGCCGGCCAGCUCAACACGGGACCAGCGCCACCGCCCAGCACUCCCCGCCAGCCGCAGCCAGGCCGACCGCAGAGCUAUGCCGCCACCAGCGCCCUCUACACCAGCAAGGACUCGGCGGACCGGUUGCUGUGGGAGAUGCGCGCUGCCAACCGGACGCCCAACACCACCCCGGUCAGCACGGUUCUGAACUCGCCCGAUCUGACCGAUCUGGACACGAAAAUGCGCUACCAGCACAGCACGCUGAUGCAGCAUCACCAGAUAAAGGUGGGCCGCAGCCCGGUCGGCAGCGGCGGCAACAACGACAGCAACGGCUCGACCAAUCCGUCGAGUCCGACGGCGAUCCGGGGUUCCGGGGGAGGAGGAGGAGCAGGUCACCGACCGGAAGCCGGCUUUUCCUCCUUUUCGCUGCUGUCCGACGGCGAAAUGGUUGUCUUUGACGAUAUUGAUGUGAUGGGUGGUGGCGGCGGCGGAAGCUGGCGGAUGGCCGCAACGGAGCGGGACAUUCUGGGCAGUUCACCGGUGCCUUCGGAGAAUGAAAACAGCUGUGCUUCCAGCGGCGGGGGAGGGGACGAGCGGAACUACUACGACGUAGAUAGCAGUAAAAUUCAGCGGAUUAUCGGGGGGCUGACGAUCGCCGAGUACGAGGGAUCGCCGAGGAGGUUCGGGAACAUUGAUCGGGAUGAGGUGGAGCCCGGGGGAGCCACCGGAGGUGGUAGCGGGAAGAUCGGUGGAAUGCCAAGGCCUGGCUUCCCGAAGCGCGUCAUAUCCCCGUGCAUGUCCGACGCCAAGGGCGUCGACUCGCAGCAGUCCUCGGAGCUGAUCGACCUGAACGACGACGGUAGCGAACCCGGCCGGGGACUGCUCCUCUCCAACCGCAUCAGUGACAGUAAGUUCAACCUGGCGACGUACGUCGACUACUUCGGAUCCGUCGUUGGCAGCGAACUAGCGCCGACGGACGACCUGGACCCGAAUAACCAAACCCCAACCAAUGUUCUACUAACCGGUGACGAAGGUAACGACGGUGGAGGCGGUGACGGUAGGCGACCAGACGACGAUGACUACUUUUUCUCGUACUCUACGAACCGUAACGCGCAAAACAACUCGUACGUAGGGCACCGUCUCGCAACGCGUCGCGGCAGCCUAGAACAAUCCGAAUCCGACGAAAGACAGCAGGAGGAAGACUCGGACGCAACCGUCGCCAACAACUACCCGUACUACCAAAAGUACAGCAACCAGCACUAUCAUUACACCGGAAGUGUAGCGCCACAACCGGAAACGCACAACCAGCAGCAGCAACAACGCUACUAUCAUUCCCAUCACGCUCACUAUCACGGUUACGGUUCUAACACGGGUGGCGGGGACUCGCAGGACAUUGAGCUGUACAUAGAUUCCGGCAGUCGCAGCGAGUCGGAGCUGGAACAGCAGGAGCAGCAGCAAUAUCAACAGCACAUGCAUCAACAGAUGCAGCAGCAGCACCAGCAUUCCCAGAUAGAUAGUAAAUUGAGGAAUUUUACCCUUUCGCCGGAAACGACCGACUACGACUCGAAUUGUGGCGAUCUGGACUCGGAAGUGUCGCUGCGGUACAUCGGGAACGAAUAUGGCCUCUCCGCCGACCUGAACGGCCUGUCCGGCCACGGCCAGAGCGACAACGUGACCGACUAUGGUCGCCUGUACAGCAGCAUGCCAAUCCUGGAGGACGGUCUGUCCAGCGGGCACGCUUCCGACACCGAGAACAAUCUACCUCCGCCCGGGUCGGGGAUCUCGAUCGUCAUGGACCACCACCAACAACCGGCGCCGCAGCAGGUUCCGCCUCCCGGAUCGGUAGACGAAGAACCGGUGGAGCCGGAGUGCGACCAUCCGUACAUUUCUUCCAUUCAGAGGGCGGCGGAACAGCAGCAACAACAGCUGGAUUCCAGCGAUGAGGUGCAGGAAGCGAUCAAGGACAUCAAAGCCGCACUGCAAAAGACCAAAAUACUGCCUUCUACCGAGGGAACCUCGGUGCUCGACCUGGACGGACAGGAUGGGCCGAGUUCGACGUCACCCGUGUGGGUUCCGAGAUCGUACAGCAAGUCCCGGGAAAGCAUAGACUCGGACCAACCUGCAAAGUUGCUUAGUGCCGACGAGGAGGAAGCCGACACCGACCUGGAGACGGACCGUCUGCUGGGUCAGCAACGGCUGGACGAUCACGGGUUCGGCGACGACAAGAGCUGGACGGAACGGCCCAAGAUUCGCUCGGUCCGGUCGCCGUCGGUGAACCUGAUCAGCAAGAACCACACCGCGAUCCGGGCCGGCGUCGGGACGCAGCUGUCGGCGGAAUCGCCGGUCAACAACGUCGGCAUCACCAACGUGUACGGCAACGGUGGAAGCGUUCCGCUCGGAACCGGGGCGGAAGAGGACGCGGCGACCCAGCCACUGCCGCCCAGCGCCGAAAAGAGUCCGGCGGUCAAGAGUGAUCAGGACAAAAAAGGCAAGUGCAAAACGAAAGAGGGUCUCUUGGAUCCGGCAGUCCUGAUCGAGGGCGUUCUCUUCCGGGCCCGCUACCUCGGCUCGACCCAGCUCGUUUGCGAGGGCCAACCCACCAAGUCGACCCGCAUGAUGCAAGCCGAGGAGGCCGUUUCGAGGAUCAAGGCCCCGGAAGGUGAAUCCCAGCCCAGUACCGAAGUCGACCUGUUCAUUUCGACCGAGAAGAUCAUGGUGCUGAACACGGACCUGAAGGAGAUCAUGAUGGACCACGCGUUGCGGACGAUCUCGUACAUCGCGGACAUUGGCGACCUGGUGGUGCUGAUGGCGCGGAGACGGUUCGUGCCGCAGGACGCCGAUCCCGGCGAUCCGGCGUUGACCAGUUCGAACCCGCCACCGCCCACGCCUACGGCCGCAGACAACGGCGCAAGUCCGCCGAAAAGCAAGUCGUUGCCGCGGGGUAACCGAACGCCCAAGAUGAUCUGUCACGUGUUCGAGAGCGAGGAGGCCCAGUUCAUCGCGCAAUCGAUCGGGCAGGCCUUCCAGGUGGCGUACAUGGAAUUUCUGAAGGCGAACGGAAUUGAGGAUCACAGCUUUAUGAAGGAGAUGGACUACCAGGAGGUGCUCAACAGUCAGGAGAUCUUCGGCGACGAGCUGGAGAUCUUCGCCAAGAAGGAGCUGCAGAAGGAGGUUGUGGUGCCGAAGGCGAAGGGGGAAAUUCUCGGAGUUGUGAUCGUGGAGUCGGGCUGGGGAUCGAUGCUGCCGACGGUGGUGAUCGCGAAUCUGGCCUCGUCCGGGGCGGCCGCCCGCUGCGGCCAGCUCAACAUUGGCGAUCAGAUCAUCGCGAUCAACGGGCUGAGCUUGGUGGGUCUGCCGUUGUCGACGUGCCAGGGCUACAUCAAGAACGCCAAGAACCAGACGGCGGUCAAGUUUACGGUGGUGCCGUGUGCGCCGGUCGUGGAGGUUCGGAUCAAGCGGCCGAACACCAAGUACCAGCUGGGCUUCAGCGUGCAGAACGGAGUGAUCUGCAGCUUGCUGCGCGGAGGAAUCGCCGAACGGGGUGGAGUGCGCGUUGGCCACCGGAUCAUCGAAAUCAACAACCAAAGUGUAGUGGCGGUUCCGCACGAAAAGAUCGUCAAUCUGCUGGCGACGUCGGUGGGCGAGAUUCACAUGAAAACAAUGCCGACGUCGAUGUUCCGGUUGCUAACAGGCCAGGAGAACCCGAUCUACAUCUAAGGCCUGACGGGGAGUACCGCGAAUGUGAUACCGGAGCGGAGCGGAGGUCGGGGAAUCCGCGCGCGGAACUAGAACUUAAGUAAAAAAAAGGUAAAGCAAAGACGCUUUUUUGUUACAUUUUCUUGACACUUGAUCGACUUGCGGGAAAAUGAGAAACUGUUAGGUUGUUAACGAAAAACUUAGUUGAAUAUGUUGAACAAGACUCCAACUCCUCCCGGCAAGUGAUGAUUUCAUCAGAAAAGUAUCGAGUAAUGCUCAGCUUGAGAAGGCACGCACUUUUUGGACGUGUUUUGAAAAGGGGCUACGCCCACGACACUCACGAACUCUUCCCCCUUUCGGCACGCUCUUGCGACCAACUAUUGUCUACUAUUAACACGAAUCUAUAGUCCCUUUUUUCUGUACUGAAAUGCCUAAAAAAAAGUUUGUGGUAAAUCCUAGAUUUUUGUCCAAUUCGAAACAAUUUUCUCAAAAUUUAAUAGUUGAAAAACUCUUGAGACGUUUUCUGAACUUUGUCCAUUUUGGAGUUUUAAAAUUUUCAAAUCUUCAAAUUCUAAAAAAACUCAGAAAACUCUCAUUUGGCGAAAUGUGUAGGCUUUGGAGACAUUCAAAAGUAUGAACUAAUUUAAAUAUUGCAAUGGUCUUAUAGAAUGGAAUUUUGGAGACUUUGUGAACAUUGAAGACUGCCAUAAAUGCUUUGGGUUUUUUUUAUUUUUUAUGAUUUUUAUGAAUAUAGAGACUUUUAAUGACUGUGGAAACUUUUGCAGAGUCAACAGAUUUUUAUUCUUCACAUAUUUAUUGGUUCGUACUAUUAGACAUUUUGAAAACUUUCCACUUCUUUGACGUGUUUUAAAGAUAUUUAAUGAUUAUAAAUGCUUUUUUGCGUUUCUAGAAUGACUUUUGGAGACUUUAAAAACUUGGAGUGGAAAUUUGUAGACUUUUCCAAACUUAAGGAAUGGAAUUUUGGAGACUUUAUAAAAUUUAAAAACUUCUGAAACUGCAUUGUUAUAUUAAAUUUUUUAUAAUUACUACAAAUAUAAACACAUUCAAUGACUUUGGAGAUUUUUGCAGAGUUUACAGAUUUCUUAUCUUCGUGGUUGUUAAUCGAUAAUCUUAUCGCCAAUAUUGAAUAAUAACUCAUUUUUUAAAUGUUUCACUAACACUAACACACUACCUGUUUUUUGAAAAUCUAGUAAGUUUCAAAGUAACAUAUGUUCUCAAAAUUGUUCAAAAAACCGUAUUUUAUCGAAAAUACUAAAAUUUUCAAAAUACGCGAUAAGGGUAUCAAACGAAGCGAAAUUUUGUAUGCUUUUUCACUUUACUAGAGUUUUUUUUUUGAAAAUACUAAAAUUUUCACAAAUUACCGUAUUUUUCGAAAAUACUCAUAUUUUCAAAAUGUACAAUAUGGGUAUCAAACGAAUUGAAAUUUUGUAUCGUUUUUCAAUUUAUUAGAGUUUUUUUUGGAAAAUACUAAAACUUUCACAAUUUACCGUAUUUUUCGAAAAUACUCAUAUUUUCAAAAUAUGCAAUAUGGGUAUCAAACAGAGCGAAAUUGUGUAUGCUUUUUUCGAAAUACUCAAAUUUUCAAAAUAUGGUUAUCAAACGAACUGGAAAGUUGUAUGUUUUUUUCAAUUUUUUUUUAAAUACUAAAAUUUUCACAAAUUACCAUAUUUCGCUUCGUUUGAUAGCCAUAUAAUUUGAAUAAUUGAGUACUUUCGAAAAAAAUAGGUAUUUUGUGAUUUUUUUUGUAUUUUCAAAAAAAAAACUCAAUGUGAAAAAGCAAACCAAAUAUCGAAAUUCGUUUGAUACCCAUAUUGCACAUUUUGAAAAUUUGAGUAUUUUAGAAAAAAUACGGUAAUUAGUGAAUAUUUUAGUUUUUUCCAAAAAAAAAUCUCUAAUAAGGUGAAAAAACUAUACAAAAUUCCGCUUUGUUUGAUUAGAAAGAUUUUAAAAAUGAGUUAUCGCUCAUUAUCGGCGAUAAGAUUAUCGCCGAUAGAAUUAUCGGCCGACGAUAACGAUAACCAUUAUCGUUAUCGUCAGACGAUAAUUUUAUCGAUUAACAACCUUGAUUUCUAGUAACUUUGAAGUCGCUUUGAAAGCUCUGCAGUCUUUGGAGACUUUUGAGGAGGUUUUUAAUGCCGUUUAAAACUCGCUCCAAAGAUCGAAGACUUUUCAGGGCAAUAAAUUUAGGAUUUAUCAUAGAUUCUCCUAUAACCUUAGACUAUAACUGAAUAAAGUUUUUUUCCCCAAAUUAAAAAAAAAACAGUGAAACUAACACACGAACACAUCAGUGCGAAGCAAAACAUGCAUUAUACACGUAUUACACACAAACACACAAGAUUUUUAGAAUAGGCUCGAACUGAUUGUUCCAAACUGAUAUAUCUCAAGCAGAAAUUAGAAAAAAAUACUAAAUAAAACGCGACUAAAAUAAGCAAAUAGUUAAACGAAACGAACCGUAACUUAAAGCAAACAAGCAAACAAAAAACAACCACAAAGCAGACGUGUAAAACGAGGGAGGUAUUUAUUCGUAGCAAUAUAUACGUAUACAAACAUACAUAUGAGCAGACAGAAGAAACCGAAUUAACUGAAAAAAAAUAAAUUCAACCAAAAAGAAACAGUUAAACUAAAAUGGCGACAGAGAAUAAUAAUUGAAAAAGGUCUAGUGCUGUGCGCGCUUUUUUUGCUCUAGUGCUUAACACAAUUCGGCAACAACCCGUCAGCAUUAACUUUCAUAAAACAGGACGAAUGGAAGGCAGACCGGAUAUUGGCCCAGUUAACUUUAUAUGACAACAACAAAACAAGCAAGCAAGUGAGACGCUCCAAAAACAGAAGUAAACAUAAAGAAAUCGAUGAGGUCUGAGGUAGCUCGUAACUUAGGAAUGUUUAAAAUAAAACUGCAUGUUAUACAGUGAAGAAACACACACACAAAAACACACAAGUACUAGUGAAUAAAAACAAAACAUUUAAAAAUAUUUAAUGUGAUAAUAAGCAAGUAAUCAUCCCAAAACAAUCAGCAGCAUCUUACACAAAAAACAGGUUGUUGAGCGACGAUACCCUAAACCUACAAUACUGUGAAAAGCUAGGAUUGACAAGUGGGAGCGGGACGAAACGAACAAUACGAGUGUUGUGUUAAACAAAAUGACGGAAUAGAAAUGGAGAAAAAAAAACAAAGCAUUUCAAAUGAGACAAAAUAA